UGAUUUGGUUUUUUAGCUGAUUCCCCCCAUAUCAGCAAGGAGCCCUCCAGAAGCUUCCCCUGCAGCCUCAAGCGGACAGAGAUGACGAGUGUUGUUGUUGCAUCCCACAGAUCAGCCGAGCGCAGGCGUAGCUCCCUGGUGGUGAGUCUGCCGGGACUCGAGGUGUUCCCUGGAGACCUCCUGGUGUCAGACAGUGCCAUGGACUACCUGCCCUGCUCAUCCUUCCUGCUCAGUGCAGAGUCCAAAAAGUCAAAGUGGCCAUUUGCCAAAAGAGGAGUUGGUAAAGACAAACAGAAGCAAGCAUCUGAACUGGAAAAUUGUCUUUCAACUCUUAAGAUCAUAGACUGCUGCACAGAUGAAUUCUUCUGCUUUAAGAGUAAAUCUUGGCACGAAUUUAUGAAUGAGCAACAAACUGAGCAGAAAGAUGCCAACAGCCGGUUAGAAGUGAAAAAAGAAGCAGCAGUGUGGGAACUUUUCACAAGCGAAUGCACAUACUUUCUGGAUCAUUUGCUGGUUCUCAAGAUGGUAUUUAUGAACACUCUAAAAUACCUCCAUAGUAAUGAAUUUCUCUUGGACGUGGAUUUGUGGAGACUUUUCGCAAACUUAGAGGAGUUAAACAAGAUAAGUCUCAGUUUUCUGAAAAUGUUUUUUGAAACUGUGAAGAAGCAUGUCAGCAAGUCAGACUCUCCCAUGGAUUUCAGCUCCAUACUCAGAGCGUUUUUCCAGGGUGACCUCUGCCAGACACACCAGAUUUAUUGCCUUAAUUAUACUUCUGCUAUCUUCUACUUGGAAAAACUGAGACAGAGAGAAGAUUUUGGCAUCUACCUGAAGUGGUGUGAACAAAAUGAACAGUGCAAGAGGUUGCAUCUGCCAGAGCUGCUGGUUGCUCCUCUGCAUCGACUGACACGGUAUCCCCUCCUCCUCAACAACAUCUGGAAGAGGAGCACUGAUGAGACAGAGAAAAGUUUUAUCCAGUCACUUAAAGAGAAGGUGGAAAAAUCUAUAAGGGAUCUGGAAGGUAAAGUCAAGUGGUUGGACAACUUUCAGAAGUUCAGGCAGCUGCAAGAGGUCAUAAUUUGGCCUCAGGUCUGGGAUCGUGACAAAAGGUUCUUUGUCCCAGAGUGUUUGAAGCCAAACUUAAGAGAAAACAGCAGUGAGAACAUUUUGUCUUCAGCAAACAGACUUCUCCUUCAUGAAGGGAGGCUGAUGCUAGCAGAAAGCACAAGACUCCUUGACGUCUAUCUCUUUUUAUUUGAUGAUUUCCUACUAAUUACCAAAAUUAAACGUAACAAAAAGAAAUAUGGAGGCUCAGACAUCAGCUUAAUCCCUGUUUCUCCUUCCCUCACUCCUGAGCUGCAGUCCUUCAUAAAAGAGGGGGGAUUUUGCACAGUCCUAGACCAGCCCAUCCCACUAGACAGACUUGUAUUGAAAAAUGUUGAACCCAUCCAAGUUACAGUCUUCAGCCUGCGAAAUGCUUUUCUAAUUCAGCAUGAGAACAGGUAUCAGCAGUGCAUAGCAGUCUUCUUGCUACAAGCUCAGACAGAAACUGCCAAGAAAACAUGGAUGUCACAGAUAGAAACAGCAAUCUCCAAUUACACCACACAACAUCAAACCAAGAAAAGCACUGCUUUCUGCUUCCCUACUGCAUCCUCUGAAAUUUAA